AUGGCUUCGUUUGGGGAUGCGACCAUGCCCUCGACGCGCCGGACACGCAAGUCCAUCGGGGCGACCGAUUCAAGGAAGAAUGGUGACAAAGAGAAUGCGACGAUCGACGUGGGUAGUACUCUUGCGGAGAGUCGCAAGAAGUCGCGAAGCAAGAGUAUUGGCCCGGGUGGCUUGGACGCACUCAAGAACGCAAAUGGGAACCGCAGAGCUUCCCUUGCAGUGCCUUCACGGCCUCCGCCCCGAUCUAUCUUGAAGCCUACGGUACCGCUGCUGCCCGAGAUCCCGCCGCACCGAAAGCGCGGAGCAGAUCUCAUUGACCUUGGCCCACCGCGUUCGAGCACCCCGACAACCACAGGCAGCGCUGACCUCACGGGGUCCGAAUCCAAGAUCGCUCUGCGCACGGAGGAGGAACAGCAGGCGGCGGCAAAGGAGCGGGCCGAACGAGAUCGCAGAGAUGCCCGGCGCAAGUCUCUUGCGAAUCGUCGCGUGUCUUUCGCAGCGGAAGCUACCCUUCACACAUUCCACGAGAUCGAGUUCAACCAAGAGUCGACAUCGUCAACAGGUUCGACGCGUCGCAGAUCCUCCGCCGCAGGCCCAACCAGCGAAGAGCCGCCGAAUCGCCCGUCAACACCGCAGGAACAAGAGGAUGACGUUGUCCCACAGUCGCCAGACAAUCAGCGAGAACUGCAUCAGAAGAAACGCAGGAGAAGCUCCACUGCUCCCCUGAUGGAGUUCACAGACAAUGAAGAAGAUACCAUGGCUACCGGGUUCAGUUCCGACUCAGAGCCAGCAGAUGCUGUGGAGGAGGUUGCCGAUGAAGAUGAAGAUGAAGCUUCAGAUUCCGACAGUGACUCUGACAACGACGGCACAAUGAUGACAGUCGACGAUCACGAAGUCACCGGUGCCUCGGUUAUGUCUGGGCGCACCACUGCAACGGAUGAUGAUCAGGACACUCUAGACGAAGCACUUCGAACAGCCGCACGACAGGCUGGUACCCAACGGUCCGGCUUUGAUGACAGUGACGACGAAGAAGUGAUUCCUUCUUUUGGAUGGAUCAAGAAGGACAAACCUCAACCAGAGGCAGGUUCUACUCAGAGCGACCCUACGCCCCCUUCACUUUUCCGAAACAGUCCUCCUGCGGAUGACGAAGAGGGUGAUGCGGACAUGGACAUGGAUAUGGACAUCACAUCUGCCGUCGGAGGUAUCUUCAACAACAAGACAUCUCAAAACAUCGAACCCGACGAAGAAAUGUCCAUGGAUGUCACUCGUGUAUUGGGAGGCAUCUUGUCGAAGAGCAAUAUCAGCAAGACGGCAUUGGUUGAAACAGUGUCAGAUGAUCAGACCAUGGAGUUCACCACGGCGGUUGGAGGCAUUCAGAAAUCCAACGCCAACGGCCAUGACGACGAGAAUGAUGAUGAGGACAUGUCAAUGGAAUUCACUAGUGCGAUUGGUGGUCUGCUACCGACACACACAAAGAGUGACGCGACGCAGAAGCGCCGGAGAACGCUGACCUCCCGCAACAAACCGGAGGAUUCAACCAUGGACAUGGACAUGACCAUCGGGGUCGGCAAGAUCCUCCACACUGCAGACAAGACACGCCCUGAGGACCAGACCAUGGGCAUGGAUAUGACCAUUCCUUUCGGCCGCAUCCUCUCAACAGAAGAUGAGCCUGUGGAGGAAGAGGAAGCAACCGCGGGAAUGGAUAUAACUGUCCCUUUCGGCAAGAUACUGCCCACAGCAAACCGAUUGCCUGAACAGGACGAGGCGACCAUGGGGAUGGAUAUGACUGUUCCUGUCGGUCGUAUCUUACCGUCUUCCCCAGUAUCAGAACAAGAAGAAGUCACAGCGGGUAUGGAGAUGACACUGGCUGUCGGAGGCAUCAUCAGAGCGCCCCAGUCCCCCGAGGCUCGGGUUGCUGCCAAGAAACUUAUGGAAGCGGAAGUAAACAAACCAGACACACCUACCAAGUCUAUGUCAGCCAAGCCUGCAUCGCCCACUAAGAAGCUUGUCGCCUCCGUCAAGAAGCACACAGCCCCAGCAUCUGAUGCCCAAAGCAGCCCUGGGUUCAACCCUUUCCAAGGCAGGGGUCUUCGCCAAAGCAUGCCUCACGCAGGCACCAACUCAUUAUCACCGGCCCGAAGUAGAACCCCUAGCCCUCCGAAGUCUGCGGUCCCUCCUCAUGCUGUCGCCGAGACCCCACUUGACAGUUCGCCUGUUAAGACGCCGCAAUCAGUCAAGAGGCGAGGCCGCUCCCAGUCGCCCGUCAGGAAGCCUGCCACUCCGUCUCCCGCGAAGGCUAUCAGUCGUUUGAACGUAUUCCAGCAGGAUCCUGCCACCGGCGCAAGGACCCCUACAGUGAUCCUUACUCCCCAAACCCGCAGGCACUCCGGAAUCGGCGCAGACAAGCCUGGACUGGGAUCACCUCGAGUUGCCGCCCUUUUGGACCGCAGAGGCUCCCUUGGCGAGACGGUUAAGCAGUUUGUGCCCGGCAAGGCCCGUGGGGUUACCUUUGGGGAUCCACAGGUUAUCCAAGACGAAAUCGACAGAGACCGCCAGGAAGAAGAGGACAAGGAAAAUGGUCGCAGCAUCCUCGAGCGCGAAGCUGAUGGUGGCGAGAACGAGAAAGACGCGACUCUGAAUCUAAGGGAAAUGAUUGAGAGCUUGAGCCCGAAGAAGAAGCGCAUGCAAAGUCGCAAGAGCCUUCAUGUCGGGAGCGCAAGAGGAUUGCUUGGAAAGCGGCCGGCGGAGCUUGAUGAUGAGGAGGAUGGCGAGGACCAUGAUGGCGUCAAGAGGCUCAAAGGUCACCAAGGCAGCCCCGUCAAAAAUGUCAAACUGCAACAGCCACCCAGUAAGGCAGAAACCACUGGUCGCAGGUUGACUCGAUCAGCCAGCAAGAGUGUGGAGGAAGCCGGCGAGCCCAAGGCAACCCCUACUCAUUCCGAGUCCCCCCACAAGCUGGCGACUUCGGCCAAGUCACCAAAAGCCCACGGUCGUUUCAAAGACAUCGAAGAAGACACUAUGUCUCAGCCGAUGAAUCUUGACGGUUCCCCUGUUCGGGACGAGAACGAACUCAUCAGCGAACAGCCGGAGGAGCGUAUUCACCUGCAGGAUUUCCUGAACAUGACGUCGAUCCGUUUCAUGGAGUUGACAACAACCAAACGACGACACACCCAGGCCCCAGACAUGUUCAAGGAUGGACUGCUGGGCGGCAAAGAUGACAUGUCCCUGGAGCGCUGCGUCGUAGCUGGUGCUUGCACGGUGCCAAUGCUUGAACUUUACCAGCACUCCUGCCGCGAGCUGAAGAAGUACAUCUCCGAGGGUCGCAGGAUCGUUCGAGAGAUCGAAUCGGAGACAUUCGAAGAAAACCCGCCGCUGUUUCGGGAGUACAUGUCCGCUUCGCCCGACUUCAAGAACAUUCUCGACAAUCAAUUCAAGAACGGCAAGACUCAUGCUCGUCUCGAGAGCAAGGCCAUGUGGUACGAGUGGCGCAUGAAGCUCCAGGAGGGGUUGAGAGAGGGCCUCGUCAGGAUUUCCGAAGGCAUGGCCGUUGAUGAAAAGGUUCUGCACCAACAGCAAAAGCUACUGUCCUCUGUCUUACCUGCCAUUGCGUCGCGCUUCACCUCUCUUCACCAAGAGCACCAGAACCUGCAAGCCGUUGCAGAAGAGCUUGCUGACUGCGACCCGGAAGAGCUCGAGGCCGCCAGGUCUGACUUGGCCAACCUCGAGACUGAUGUCGAAGAGAAGACCCGGCGUAUUUCCGAGCUCCGCCGGCAGUUGGAGGAGGCAGAACAAGGCAUCGAGGAACUGAUGCAGGAGAAGCAGCAGUGCCACGAGGACAUUAAGGAAGCGGAGAAGAUUCGCGAGGAAUGUCGGGGCUGGUCGAUUAGCGAGAUCAGUGCGCUCAAGGGUGAGUCUCAGCCCCCAAUUGCGAUGGAAUACCGGACCCACAUGACUAACAUGCCUGCAGCGCGAGUGGAUUCUCUUGAAAAGCAGCAUGGCUGGGCGGUGACCGGGGUCUCCGGGAGCACCAUCUCGAUGACAUACCGACGCGAAAUCGAGCUGGUGUUUGACAUGGCCUCUUUCCAGCACGAGCAGAAGAACUCACGGAUCGACUUGUGGUACAUUGCCACAAACCGCGAGACCAAUCCUGCGCCGUCGACACCGGAGAAGGAGUUUUUCCUACAGUGUAUUCGGGACCACAUCCGAGGACUGCCGCAGAGCCGCACUAAAAUUGCGGAUCUCCUCCACUGGGUUCGUGCGGCGUGGGACAAGGCUAAUUGCACCUCGAACCACAUCCGCCAGCUCAACAUCACGUUUCCCACGGCUGUCUCCAGGACCUCGGACUCAUCCAUUGCUGUUAAGUCGUCUCUCCUUCUGCCACCCAUCGCGACCAAGGUAGAGGUUGCUCUGGAGAUCCGUGGUUCGAGCAGAACGGAUGGGGUCGAGUUCGCCCUGCAUCCUGAAGCGAAGGUUAUCUAUGGAGAGCACUUCAACACUGGGAAGAUGGGAGAGUUCUUGGCGACUCACCUGGGGGGAGAUGCAUUCUCUCUAGUUGAGGGUGCCCCUUCGUGGAGCGCUGUGGUUGUCGACCUUCACGAGAGGCUUCUGGCGAGGGGCAGGAAGUAG